UGUUCUUCACUGUCUUUUUAGCCGAAGAUUUGCUAGGUCAAGAGUUUUGAAGUGAGUCGCUAAAUAACUUCUUCGCCUCUUGGACGACAUUCCUUCCUGUCGGAUCCUAAAUCACACCUCCUCGUCGUUCGUCUGUUCGAUCGGAAGUAACGACGACGAAGGGAGCUUGCUCGUUGCGAAGGUGGCCAUCUUUCUUCCGUUCGCGCGCUUCUUCGGCCAAAUCCCGUAAAUCCACCGAACUCCCGGAUUUACGGCAAAAAGGGCGAAACGGAGGAUUUAACUCGCUAUGAGAUUUAACGGUUCCCUAAAUCUUGUUUGUUAAAUCCUGCUCAAAUCCUGCAUAAAUCCUGUAUCCAAACAGCCCCUUUAAUCUCUAGGCGUCGAGCUUCUUAUAGAUCGAUCCAAGGGAUCAUGUUUCUUCACAGGCUUUCUCGGGUAGGAUUCCGAAUUGCACGAACGUCUAUGCCAGUAAGUCGAUCCUCAACAAGCACAAGUUAUUUUGGUGCAAUAUUCAAUCGUUUUAUGCAUCAGAUGACAAAUCAUCAUUUUUCUACUACUGCCAUCAACGAGGCUUGUGAAGGUCUGGAGAAUAAGGAAAAGAUAUCUGUAACAUUUGUUAACAAAGAUGGCGAGGAAAAGACCAUCAGUGUUCCUCUUGGAAUGUCAAUGUUGGAAGCUGCUCAUGAAAAUGACAUAGAGCUGGAAGGAGCAUGCGAGGGCUCAUUAGCAUGUUCUACCUGCCAUGUGAUCGUGAUGGAUGUUAACUACUACAACAAAUUAGAGGAUCCUACUGAUGAAGAAAAUGACAUGUUAGACCUUGCAUUUGGGCUAACAGAAACGUCACGCCUCGGUUGCCAGGUGAUUGCGAAACCUGAGCUCGAUGGAAUUCGCUUGGCCUUACCGUUUGCGACGCACAAUUUCGCCGUUGAUGGAUAUGUACCAAAACCGCAUUGACUUGACAUUCAUAUGAGGAUUGAAGGUAUAUAUGCUAUAAUGGUCUCAGUUUUGUAGCUUCAGACUAUACAAAAUAGGCAUCAGAUUAAGUUUUUGUUUGGGAUAGUUUUCUUAUUGCUUUUUAAAAUAUCUUUCUUAUAUAAAAAUUUUAUCCUAAAAAAUUAUUUUAAGAGGUAGUAAGGAAGCUGUCCCAAACGAAACUUAAGAUGAAA